CAAUAUUUUGAACAUUUCCACGAAGCAACCUCAGUGUUGAUGUCAUGGAAGCUUUAAUUUGAGUAAACGUGUGUUGUGGUUUAAUACUAAUAAUAAUUUGAGACAAACAAAAUAAUGUUAGUAGCAAAUAGUAAUACCAAUAAAAUUAAACACAACUAGAAAGAAUAUCAUGGUUACAUGCUCCAUAGAUUUUAACAACAAAGAUUUGGAAAUAAGCUUCUUUGUUUUCAAGCCAACUAUAGUAAUUGUCGACCAUCUUAUUCAUGAACUCAAACAAUUUUCCUCACGCGCUGAAAAUCUUGGUUGUGUACAAAGCUCUAUAUUUAAGAGCAUCCAUGGAAAUAUGAUCAUAUGGUAUGGAACAUGGAAGAAACGAUCCAGUGAUGAAAAGGACAAGCUGACAGCAAACCUUCAAUCAAUGCUAACAAAUGUAACAAAAAUGUGUAUCUUGGUUGAACAAAAUUUCCUUGAUGCAUAUGCUGGAGAAUCAAGAGAUGGUACUUCAACUAUAAAGUUCAGCACUGGUGACAUAAUCUCAAUAAAUUCAGUAGUGACAACUAUGAAAGACCUUAAUGACCUAUGCUAUGCAGUCCUAGCAAUAUUUAAGUCUCGUUUUGCAAAAAAUGAAGGGAAAAAUGCAGGCAUUUGUCUAAAAGGCCAAAAGUUACCUAGUGUUGUGUGCAUUCAUGUGUGGAAGUCACUACAAUUUUGUUACUCAUGGGUUUUAAAUCCAGACCAUAGAAAAUGGAUGAUUCCAUAUCUUGAACGCUUCAAAAUUGUUAUGAAGUAUGAUAUUUUUCGAGUUGUUUAUGUGAGUGGUGAAAAUAUAGUUGAUCUUGCUUAUAAAUCUUCUCUUAUGUUGUUGGAAAAUGAGGAAGAGAGUACGCAUGUAAAGUGAAUUUAUGGAUUAAAUGUGUGAUUGGAACACUUCUAACGCUAAGGUUAUCCCCUCUUGUAUGUUGAACUUCUGAAGAGUAAUUUUAUUCUAAA